GCUUGCCGUAAAAGUGGUACCCAGAACCAGUUUACAAGCAGUCACGAGACCCGACCUUCGUUCUACUUUUGUUGUGUUUACACUGGCACAUGACCCGUAGACGUGUGUAUAUGAUAUGGAGUUGGACCUUGUUAUUUGGUUACUGCAGAUAACAGUUUUAGUGCAGGCUGAAGUAUGCGAAAAACUCACGGCCUGUUCGUGUAAAACAUCUAGUGGAGUGGUGGAUCUCUCAGCUCUGCCGAGUUCUACGCAAGUGACAGACCCACAGAAAUAUUUAAAUGUCUGGAGUCCUUGUAAUGGGGUAGCAUGUGCAUCAAAAUCAGGAGUGUCUGUUUGUCAGUCGACCAAGUCAUCUCCCCCGAGCUCAUAUGUUAAUGGCUAUGUUAACACUGCGAGAUUCACCGGAGACCCCACCACCAAUCAGCUGGUUCUGAGUUACACUGGAGACAAGGAUACCACCGUAGAUAAAACAAGAAAAACCUCUAUUCAGUUAAUCUGUGAUGAGAGCGCUGCAGAAAAUACACUCACUGCCCAAGGAGAAACAUCACAGGGCAGCGUGGAUUAUAAAUUUACGCUGCGGAGUAAACACGCCUGUGUAUCUUCUGGAAGCAUCAGUGCUGGAUCAGUCUUACUAAUAAUAUUUUUCGUGUUAGUUCUGCUCUACUUCGUCGGAGGGAUUUUAUUUCUAAGAUUUUAUCGAGGGGCCAGUGGUGUGGAGAUGAUUCCUAACUUUGAAUUUUGGAAAGAUUUUCCAUUUCUUGUAAAGGAUGGUAUGGUGUUUACAUUUCGUGGAUGCAAAACAGAUACAACGUACACACAGAUAUGAUGUAUAGGAUAGUAUAACCGUCAUCAUCGCCUGCUGUCACUGCCUGUGUUUGCAAGGAGUAUCAGCCAAUCAUCUCUUAAGGAUGGGUGUCACAUGUUACAUCGGGUAUUAGCAUUAUGGAUGGAGAAUCAAGAAUAUGUAGUAUAAUAUUUAAAAAAACCCAGAAAUUAUUUAUUUACUGAAAAA